GAGGAGGAGGAGGAGAAGAAGAGAGAGAGAGAGAGAGAGAGAAAUAGUAAGGAGGUUUCGCAUCCAAUUGGCGCCGUCUUUACCAGUUACAGAACGGUCAUUCGCGGCGCGCUGAUUCCAAGAGCGACGACGGAUCGAUCAUAUCUGUUUUCGCGCAACCUCUACGAGAAUUCAUCCGCGUCAUCCGCUAUCAUCUCUCCUUCCCCUUCCCUUCCUUUCUCCCUACUCAUUAUUUUUUUCUUUUUCCUCUUUCUUUCGUCGCUUCCCCCUCUUCUCGGAAAAACAGACCGGCGCCUUCGUCCUUUCGAUCGGUCUUUCCCGUCUUAUCGUUCUUCUAACAUUCCUCCCCGUGCGUUCGCGUCCCUCCAUCUGGAGGAUUCGUACUGUCUAUUUAAAAAAAGGGAAGGUUCGCAAGAGGAUACCUCGUGCGCGUAUUUCGAUUCCGUUGGAAAGUAUCGGUGUCCUUUCAAGGAGAAUCACGAUGCUCGUGGUUUGAAGUUAUAAACGGCGUCAAUGAGCAUUCAAGUAUGUACGAUUGAUUGAGGACAGUGAACACACCGGGAGAUCGGAGAAAGAUCAACGAAUAGAAGAGACGGCCAUCAUGGAAUUCUACGACGUGGGAAGCAGCGAUCUCAGGGAGUUGUGGGAGUCUUACCUCACAGAACCAGGACUUGGACAGGAGGUAUCAAUGACGUCGAGAGAAGAGGAAUGGGGUAACGUUUUGUGCCUCAGGGACAAGUCAUCCUUGAGUGUCGUUCUAAGAGAUCGUUUGAUGACAGAUGCUGCGUUAGGUGGACCACGUCCUAUAAAAUCCGAACAUAGUUAUAGUUUAUUGGCUUCCAGUCCUCCACCGAGUCCAGCAACUCCUGGUACCAAUCCUUGUACACCGAAGAAUUCUGUACCUUCCACUAGUACGGCUGGUACAAUGGCGGUCAACACCAUUUCAUCUAUUGAUUCAAAUAAUCUGGAUCACAGCAAAUCUCUGGAUAUCCGGCCGAGAUUCGAUGAUAUGGAAGACGAGUGCUUCCUAGCAAUUUCAAUGAAUGCAUCCCGAAACGAGGAUCAAUCGUUGCCGUUACCCCUUCAGACAACUUAUACCUCGACCGUAAUUUUGAAGAAACCUAAUGUAGUACCUGAAGAUAACGAUUAUUCCGAAAUUAAGGGCGAACCGCUCAGUGCACCUGGUAGUCCUUAUACGCCUUGUUCUUCGUCGAGUACGACUAUAGACGAUAAAAGUACGAUAACAAUGGUAUCGCCACAAAAUCUACACUUUUCGAGGAAUCAACUUGCACCUACGAGCGAUAGCGAGGAAGACGACGAGGAUUAUUAUCAGAAUAUGGAAGUAGAAGAAUAUGGUGUACCGUGUGAAGAAUACGAAGGAAGUCGCACAUCUAGACAAAGCUUACCUCCAACUCCACCCAGCAGUGCGAGUUCAGAUAGCGAAGGUACAGCGUCCGCUUCUUGUUCACCCGAACGUCGAGAUUCUCAAAAUUCAUCGCAUUCUCAGAAUAUUAGAGGUCUUUUAACACCUAGACUCUAUGUCACCAAUGCAACACAUACAACAAGGCAGCCCAUUCACACACCUUUAAUUUCCUGUCAACCAAAAGGUUCCACCGGAGUUUUAACGUUGACGGAAGAAGAAAAACGAACUCUCAUAGCUGAGGGUUAUCCUGUACCUACCAAAUUACCUCUAACGAAGCAGGAAGAGAAAUCUUUGAAGAAAGUACGAAGAAAAAUAAAGAAUAAGAUAUCGGCACAAGAAUCACGAAGAAAGAAAAAGGAAUAUAUGGAUGGUCUAGAGAGGCGAGUCACCAUGUUGACAAACGAAAAUUCUUCGUACAGGGAUCGAUUGACAGUAUUGGAAGACACGAAUCGUGAAUUAUUAAAAGAGUUGCAACGUCUUCAAGCACUUUUACAGCUCCAAUCAUCUUAGCUUUUUUCUUGAUGAGAAACAAGAUUUUGCUAGUUUGUUAUCGCCGAUUGGGAAAAUGUAGUUCUUUUUCUUUGCAAGCAAGUUAUCCUCUAUCUUCUAAUAUAGGAUUGAGAUUAAUAUUUACGUUUAAAUUUUAAUUCCAAUGAGAGAAAACAUUAGAAGUAGUUAAUGGCAGUUGAUCGAUAAUCGUCAAUGUUGAAACUUAGUUGAAACUUAGAAGAACGACAAAAGUGACUGUUCGUUGGUUUUUUUUUGAGAAUUUUGGUGUCGAUGGAAAAUUUAAUUUUUGGGAUUGGUGCAAUGUUGUUAGGCUCGUCAAGUCUUUCCUUCGAAUUGUGAAUAAAUGAUUGAUGACCUCGUCAUGAUCGUAGUAAAUACAACAGUUUCUCGAAAGCAAGUGUUGUUUCGAGUUCCUUAAGUUUCAUUGUCUUCCUAAGAUUAUCGAGAAACGAGUUAAAUCACGAUGAUCGAAGAGUAUAUUAUAGAUUACUAUUGUGUCGUACCCUUUGAACAGAAUAUACGUGAUCUAGCCAGCAGUGCCUUCGUAUUCUUUUAAAUGUUUUAUUUUUCAUUGUAAUCGCAACAAAUAGAGGGUGAGAAAAGAUGAGGAAGAGGAGAAAAAAGAGAAAGAGAGAGGUGCAGACAUCGUAUACUUUAGUACAAUUAUAUUUUUAAGACAA